CUGACAGUUCAAGAAGGCCGUCUUACACAGAAUCAAUGGAAAAUCCCAUUAUUAUGCCCGAAAAACCAACUGAGAACGGGUCAGUGAAGAGUGGCGCCCAGUUACUGACACACCUGGUGAAAGAGGACGAGGAGAAGGAAAAAGAUAAACUUGUCCCCACAGUGAAGCGCGUUCAGGACGUUACCCCCUCACCAUCAAUGAAGUCCUUCAAGACAUUACUGACCCAGGAGUUUGGACCAGGGAAGACCACACCACCCAAAGUCACAAAUGGAACUGUAAAGCUAGAUAUCUCUGACAGCAGUAACAUGGAAUAUUCUCCUGCUAGCAGUCAGGACUUGGAGGCCCAGAAGAAGGAACGAGAGUCUAUAAAGGACAGUCCAGAAUCUGUAAAACUCUUUUCAUGGCUGCAAAUUUUGACCGCUAUUUUUGGAUCUUUUGCUCACGGUGGUAAUGAUGUCAGCAAUGCAAUAGGUCCCCUGGUUGCUCUGUGGAUCAUUGGUCUGGAAGGGAGUGCCCAGCAGAAGUCUGCCACGCCCAUCUGGAUCCUCCUUUAUGGUGGAGUAGGCAUUUCUAUUGGCCUGUUUGUCUGGGGGAGGCGUGUCAUUAAGACUAUGGGGGAGGACCUUACCAAGAUCACGCCCUCAAGUGGUUUUUGUAUUGAGAUUGGCUCAGCCCUCACUGUCCUCGUUGCAUCCAAUAUCGGCAUUCCUGUCAGCACCACCCAUUGUAAAGUGGGAUCCAUCGUAAGUGUCGGGAGGUUCCGAUCAAGAGCGAACGUGGACUGGAAACUUUUCCGUAACAUUUUUCUGGCAUGGAUUGUGACACUGCCAGUUAGCGGUGGCAUCAGUGCUGCCCUCUUUGCUGGGUUGAGAUUGCUAGUUCCGCACUGAGAGGUCUUAGGGCAUGUGAUUGGAGAAAAUUGCUCGAAGAAACAAGGGAAGGUCAAAAUUAUAACAAGAAAGAAUGAAGGUUGAAUUUGAUGCAUAGUUUUUCUGAAGUAGGCGGAAAAAGAUGAAACUAAGUCAAUUGAUUGGUCCAAGACAUCACGGAUGUGUUAUAAGGGAAAGUUAUUUCAAAAUUCAGUAAAAUCAUCGCACAUGUUUCAAUAGGAGUUGAAUGAAUAGGAAAUAAUGUUUGGAGUACAUUGAUAGUAGGGUUGCUGACUGUUAAAUUUAUGAUAAUUGUUUUGCAAUGUGAUCCAAGAUCGCAAAUAUUAAGAAUUCUUUUGGUCCAGGAAUGAUUUCCAAGAUUGCAACAGGCAAAAUCGUUCCAAAUUAUAACUGUGAAUAGUGAAUUGCUCAGUUUGGGUUUUGAUUGAAUUUAUUUUUAGAAUGCACUUCAUUGUUUAACAAUAUUUAAAAAAAUAAUGAUAAAAAAUAAAAAACCUUUAUAGUAAAUAAUGGUAAUGAAGGGAUUAGAUUUUUAAGAAAAUUUCAACAGAUAAAAUCGAGUGGGUCUGUAUACAGACAACCAUUGUUGCAGAAUAC